GUGAAGUCGAUAUCAGGAUGUGUUCGCACUGCUUGUUCCCAGUUGUUGUGACAAGUCUGGAACAAGUUGUUAUCAUCUUGUUAUAAGGUUGAUGACGGUAACAGACUCGCUACAAGUUGUUCCAACAAGACUAAUACAGGCUGUUCGUAACAAGUUGCUACGAGCUUGUUGUCAUCAAUUUCUUACAUGCAGGCAAUGUCUUCAUAUUUUCUCAUAUUUUUAGUUUGGCAGUUCGUCGAUCGUCAAUAGUUCCUCAAGAAGUGUUCAUCAGCUGCUUUCGGAUCAUAUCAAUACAUCUGAAAAUUCUGAUCAAAAUUUGUGGCUUAUUCCUCCCAUAGGUAAGUUGGCUUUCACGAGACACCUUCACAAUCAGAAACUGAGGUUCGAUUGAACCUCAGUCGAUUGUUAGAAAAGUGCUUUCAAUUUGACUUUACCUGUAGUAACACUGGAUCAACUAGAGAUACCGUAAUCCUUACUGGACCUCUAGGAAGAACAGUUUAGAACUGAUACAACUAUCCAGUAUAAAUACAUGUAAAGUUAGUUUAGUUUAGGUUUCCUCCUGUAUUAACACUGACUCAAUAAGAGAUGAUCCUUACUGGACCUCUAGGUAGAACAGUUUAGAACUGAUACCACUAUCCAGCAUAAAUAAAGUUAGUUUAGUUUAGGUUUCCUCUUGUAGUAACACUGGAGCAAUACGAGACGAUCCUUACUGGAUCUCUAGGAAGAACAGUUUAGAACUGAUAGAGCUAUCCAGUAUAAAUAAAAUUAGUUUAGUUUAGGUUUCCCCCUGUAGUAACACUGAAUCAAUAAGAGAUGACCUUAAACCUCUUGGAAGAGCAGUUUAGAACUGAUAGAGCUAUCCAGUAUAAAUAAAAUUAGUUUAGUUUAGGUUUCCCCCUGUAGUAACACUGAAUCAAUAAGAGAUGACCUUAAACCUCUUGGAAGAGCAGUUUAGAACUGAUAGAGUUAUCCAGUAUAAAUAAAGUUAGUUUAGUUUAGGUUUCCUCUUGUAGUAACACUGGAGCAAUACGAGACGAUCCUUACUGGAUCUCUAGGAAGAACAGUUUAGAACUGAUAGAGCUAUCCAGUAUAAAUAAAAUUAGUUUAGUUUAGGUUUCCCCCUGUAGUAACACUGAAUCAAUAAGAGAUGAUCCUUAAACCUCUUGGAAGAACAGUUUAGAACUGAUAGAGUUACCCAGUAUCAAUAAAUAGGUUUCGUCUUGUAGUAACGUUCCUUUACAUUUUGUAAGUAGUUUUGUAAUACUAACAAUCUUACUCUUUUUGUUCAAGACUUUCAAAAGAAAGAAGAACCGUCAGUACCUUUGGAUUUACAAGCCUGGAUGCAAAAUAUAUCAGGUAGAGCUAGUGUGCUCCUUUUUGAACGUUAGACUGAGUGCCUUACACUCGCAUCACGUUAAUAUUUUUACACGAAUUUGUCAGAGCGCAGCUACGAGGGUUACUUUUUAGGGAAAAUCCUAACCAACCCUGUCAACAUUUCCUGUGGCAGGAAGCCGGAGUACACGGACGAAACCCACGACUUUCGGCAGAGCGUUGACCGACUCUUUUCACAUGGCUAUCAUAUAAGUCGUCCCCAACUGGAUUUGAACCCUAGAUGUUAGAGGUGAAAAGCGAGCGCUCUGACAAUAGACAAUUCCCAUUAUAGACUAAUUUUAAAAUUAGGUAAGGAAACUCAAAUAAAUCACCACAGCUAGAAAGAGCAUACUAAAAUUAGUAAAAUUACAAAGUGUGGUUGCAAAAUGUUGUAAAAUGAGGAAAGUAUAGCCUUGCAAAGUUCGCAAAUUUUGCAAGGCUAUAUUUUCCACAUUUUACAACAUUUCGCCACCAAAUUUUGUAAUUUUACUAAUUUUAGUAUGCUCUUUCUAGCUGUGGUGAUUUAUUUGCAUCUCCUUGCCUAGUUUUAAAAUUAGUCUAUAAUGGGAAUUGUCUAUUGAGCCAUCGAAACCCAAAGUAUUUCGUUAUAGAUAGCGUUUUCUAUCGUAUUUCUUUUUUUUCCAGAUGAGUCAAGUGUAUGUAUCAGUUACAAGGAGAGCCACAAAGAGGAAGCGGAGGUCCUGGGUACUAAUCUGGAGAAAUCCGGUUUCAAUAUUCAUCUGCAGUCUUCAGACCUUGCGUCCGCAGACACGGGAUGUGGCGUCGUUCAGCGGUGUUCUGCCGUAUUAAUGCUUCUGACAAAGUCGUAAGUCAAUUAUUGUCAGUGUAUGUUUAAUAGAUAACCUACUGAGAGUUUUAUUAGCCAGAGUACCUCAAACGCGGGGGUCCAGUGUGAGUAGUAUUCUACAAUAAGCUGUCGUGGUUUGUGUCUGAACUACCUGAAAAAGAUAUCUCAAACGUGGUGGUCCAGUGUAGGUAGUAUUCUACAAUAAGCUGUCGUGGUUUGUGUCUGAACUACCUGAAAAAGAUAUCUCAAAUGUGGUGGUCCAAUGUAGGUAGUAUUCUACAAUAAGCUACCGUGGCAAAUGUCUGAACUACCUGAAAAAGAUAUCUCAAACGUGGUGGUCCAGUGUAGGUAGUAUUCUGCAAUAAACUGUCGUGGUUUGUGUCUGAACUACCUGAAAAAGAUAUCUUAAACGUGGUGGUCCAGUGUAGGUAGUAUUCUACAAUAAGCUGUCGUGGUUUGUGUCUGAAGUACCUGAAAAAGAUAUCCCAAACGUGGUAGUCCAGUGUAGGUAGUAUUCUUGAAUAAGCUGUCGUGUUUGUGUUUGAACACCUGAAGUUAAAAAGAUUUCGCCAUUUUGAACAAAAUCCCUUCGCUAGUGCUAACGUUGUUAAAUUUAUUUAUGUGUGUUUUUGCGCAAAAUUGCGCAAGCGUUCAAAACAAUGACAUUUAAUGACAUUUCAUUUAAAUUUACUGAUUGUACUGUUGAUUUAAUUUCCAAAUGAGCUUUUCCUUUUAAUUAUUUAUCCUCGGUUAACCGUGCAUAAUCAAUGUUGAUUAAAAUUGAUCGAAUGCCAAAUAGCUUAAAUUUGCCGUCAGUGUUUCGCUUUAAAGUACUACUGUUGUUGCUGUUCAUGUUAUUCUGAUCUGCUUCAGUUUUAUUUGACGCAUUCGUGUUUUCUUAAGGUAACUAUUUAUUUACGUAAGCAUGUAGAUAUGUUUAAUUUGGUCGGCGUUAUUAAAAUAAGCGAAUCUUUUAAGAAUUAAUAAGUUUUUGCAAUGUAUAUGAACGGUUGCUAUGCCUAUAUUGCGUUGAGGCAACGUAUGUUUUAUAUGUUUCUUAAAGUUAUUUUGCGAUAGAUUAUCGCCGGUCAAAAUUACCUAAAUAUAUAGAUUUAUACCUAAUGAAAGAACACUAAUUUUGUCGAGAAGAUCUUGUAGUUCAAGAAGAUUGAUCAUUCCUGCUUGAACAACCUUUCGUUUACAAUUAUAUUAAUAAUCUAUCACUAGAAAAAUAAUGUAGUUUUACUGCAUUUAAAUCACAAACCACGACAGCUUAUUGUAGAAUUCUACCUACACUGGACCACGACGUUUGAGAUAUCUUUUUCAGGUAGUUCAGACACAAACCACGACAGCUUAUUGUAGAAUACUACCUACACUGAACCACCACGUUUGAGAUAUCUUUUUCAGGUAGUUCAGACACAAACCACGACAGUUUAUUGUAGAAUACUACCUACACUGGACCACCACGUUUGAGAUUUUUUUUUCAUCAGGCACAAAUACUCUCUCUUUUCAGAUAUACAGAAGACCCGAGUUUUGAAGAGAAUAUUAAAGUUUUUGAAAGACUCAAUAAACCUCUCAUUGGUGUGUAUUUUGAACAGGACAUAAAUUGCCCCUUAGCCAAAACCACAGACCUGAGCGCUGGUUCUGGGACUGGCAGUGCACAUAUUUUUAACCCGGAACAACUACAAACGCUUAUAAGCGAGUGCCGUAGCCUCAUUUUUGGCACCGGGGAUAUAGAACCCCUAUCAGAGGGUACCGGAGAGCCGGUAUCCGAGACUAUCGGAGAUAGACUAUCGGAGCCUGCGAGCAACAAUCCUCAUCGGCCAGCGGCGUCUUACGCACCCGCGAUGGAGACUGGUCAGCGGGAGGCUAAUGAACCUAAGAAAAAACAUGUGAAAUUUCAGAGUGAUCACGUGACCACGGAAGACGAUCAGAUUAAACCGUUAGCAGCUUGUACUGUUGCGGCUGCAAUGGUCGGAGCAGCGGCUGAACAUUUGAAUCUGAGCAGGAAGGCAAGUUCUGCGGGCAUGCGGGCUGCGAAUGCGACCGCAAAGGUGGCGCGGGCGGUUGCCCAUGGCGAUGCCGACGCGGCAACGAGUGCUUUGAAUGACGUAGUCAAAAUCGUGGAUGACCUGUCGAAUACACUGAAACACAAGGAAAAUGGAUACGAGCCAUCUCCGAAGAGCAAAACAUGUGUUAUUUUGUAAAAUAUCCCUCGAUUUGGGAGUGAAUAUGGACAUAUAUGGAUGUAUAUUACGGUCAUGUGCUAACCUGAAUACAGGAAACUGGAUUGAUUUGUACAUACAUAAUUGUAUAUUGGAAAUUUCUCAGAAUGAAACGUUGCUGUGCAAUAAUUACAUACACACAGCUGUAUAAAUAAGCAAAUGCUGACGUGUGUAUAGGAAACUGGAUAGAUUUAUAUAUGGUAAUUCGCGCGAUUUCAUUUCGCUCAAGUUAAAUGUGAUAUUUUCACGAAAAGUGCUUGCUACCUCACGAAGGUAAAGAUCCACCAUUUUGGGGGGCACUGUCUUUCCCAGUGAACUCAAUCUAUUUUACAGUUACCUGGAACGAUAUCGGUAAAUAGAUUGAGUUCACUAGACGAGAUUGUGAAAAAUGACUUUUCAAAGUUGUAACUGUAAAUUUAACGUAGGUGGUUGUCCUUCAGUAGCAUUGUGUUUGAUGAAAGGUUGUUCAAUUGAGGCCAAUGAGCUACUGUUUGAAACGGCUAGUAUAUAAAACGUAUUUGAAAUUACAACAUUUAAUUAGAAUCUUAAAAAUGUUUAAGAUUCUUAUUAAAUGUUGUAAUUUCAAAUACGUUUUAUAUACUAGCCGUUUCAAACAGUAGCUCAUUGGCCUCAAUUGAACAACCUUGUGCGUAUAUAAAUGAUAUAUGCACAAGUACAGUGAUACGAAGUCGCAUUUUGCGACCCCCAAAAUGGCGGAUAAACCAAGCGUGAGAAAUGCUAAUUUUAAUACCGCACGAAUUUAAAUACAAGUAGUAAGGUACAUUACUGUAUAUUUCAGAAGAGUAUAGUACCGGCUGACUUUAAGCAGGAGCAAACGUGAUUAAUUUAUGUAGAAAGUUAUUUUGGCAAGACUGAAUGGGUGGAAUUGGAAAUGUUUGAGGAAACGAUGUUUAAAAACAAUUCAAGUAAUGAAAUGCACAGGAAAAGGAUUUUGUAUAAUUGGAUAUGGUUUAUGGUGUCUUGUAACAAUGGGUUAAAAGUUGGUUGAAAAUAAACUUCUUCAAACGUAUAUUGUAGAAUUUCUCAGAGAGCAAUGUUUAAGAGGAGAAUCUUGCAUUUUACGUAACUGACG